GGUGGAAAAAAAGGCUUAUCGUAAAUUAUGUUCAGUGAGGCCCAUUAUUGAACAGAAUUUGUGCAAUGACUUGAUUUAUUUAUGGCAAUAUUUUUUUCGCUCCAUUGUAAGUGUUUUUUCUUUAAGAAGAAUUUCUUGAAUAAAAUGAAAACGUAAAAUCCAAAAAAAUAUGCCAAGUUUUAUAAUUUCUUGUUUGUCUCGAGUGGGCGGAUAUCGAUUCUUGCCGCUGGCAACCGCCCUGAGGUUCCAAAUUCUGAUAAUGCCAGAGAACACGUACGAAUUGUGUUCCGAAACUCGAAAUUGCGUGUGAUUUUUCUUCUUGAGCCCGUAAAAGAAAAGGACUUUGAUGGGAAGAUGAAUGCCCUGACCCUCUGCCUCUUCCUCUUCCACCUCCAAAAGUUCGCCACUUCAGACCAUUCGAGGCAUGCUUUCGACGAUUCCAUACUCUACAACAUCAACUGGCCCGGAAAGAAUUUCCAACUCAUCGAGGAGUCAGAGGUGGCUAAGACUAUGGUAGUUACUACACAUGAAAAAGAGACUUACAAAUGUGUUUUACCAGUAAUAAAAGAUACUAAAAAGGAUUCUGAAGAAGAGUACAAUGGACCGAACCCAAUCGAUCUGCUCAUAAAGUUGUUUUUAUUUUCUCCAUGCACUACUCUGCUAGAAUCGUAUUGGACAUAUGAACUUUGCCAUGGGAAGCACAUCAGGCAAUACCAUGAAGAAAGGGAAGGGAAAAAAGUCAAAAUCCAAGAGUACUACCUGGGAAAAUGGGACAUGUCUAUGACUGAUAAAUUAAGCCUUGAAUUCACCAAAGAGUUUGUUUAUAAGGAGAAGGUCGAAGGGAAAAAAUUUAUCCCUCCAAUGAAAAAGCUGGAUGGAAUCACACUUCCUUAUCUGCAAUUUAACUUUACUGAAGGCACGAUCUGUGACCUGAAUGGAAAACCGAGGAGAACAAAUGUUCUCUAUGUGUGUUUUCCAAAUGGUAAAAAUGACAUAUUUAGUAUUAAAGAAACUUCUACUUGUGAGUAUGAAGUCAUUGUCAUAUCACCCGAAUUGUGCAGACACCCUAAAUACAGACCUCAAGUCAAUGUGGAACAUGACAUCAAUUGUUUGCCUGUUGGAGAAUCGCCCACAAAGCCAAAAAGCUUGUCAGAGAUGGAAGCUGAAAUUUUCAAACAAUCUUUCUUUCCUGCUGCAUUUGAUGAUGCGAAGAAUGGACACACAUUUGCCGUUUAUUCUAUUGACGAGUUCAAAGAUAAGGAUGGUAAAAUGCAGGUCAGAGUGGAGUUGAGACCAGUUACUCCUGAGAAAACUUCAGAUUUGUCAAACAAAAUCGAUGCCAGUGAUACGCUCAUUGCACCUGGAAGUACAGCAAGCAUUAGCGAAGAACACCAAGGCAGUGCUUCUAUUGUCCUUGAAGGGGAAGAUUCAAAAGAAACUGAUUUGACCAUGUUUCUAUCGGGCAAGCUUUGUUUACAAGGAGGUUUCGGUUGGUGGAAAUACUAUUUUUGCUAUGGAGCGCCCAUUGAACAGUUUCACAGCAGCAGCGGAGAGGACGGCGAAAGGGACAAAGCCUCGAUCAUACUCGGUGUGUGGGAUGAGGAAGUGCACAAACAGUGGUUAAAGAAAAAACCGAGUAAACGCCCCAAACCUCUAGGAAAACGAACAUACAUCACUCAUUUCUACGGAAAUGGUGAUAUAUGCGCUGAAACGGGAAAACCCCGAGAAACUGAGGUAAGACUUCAAUGCACACCAAAGACUGAACUGGAUGAAACACAUUUAGGUCUCAUAUAUCACCUUGAGCCUCAAGUCUGUCAAUACAUUUUGAUAUUUGAGUCUGAUCUUAUCUGUCAGCUUCUACCUAAAGUUGAUGAGGACGGCCUGAUUGACAUCAAAACAUUACUCAAAUAAACCAAGGCAAAAUGAUUUGUACAAAAAGAAAAGUGUUGUUUAUUUUUCCUUAAUAGUGUUUGUAAUUAUUCCUAGAUAUAUGAUUUUGUUUGUAAAUUUAAUUGUAAAUAAAUUAAUGUUUUUUAAUAUGA